AUGUCGAACACUGCGGACAUGUUACAAAGGAAAGGCGUUCUACGCGUAGAAGGUAUCACUUUUGAGAAGCUGCGCGUAGAAGAUAUUAGAUUUGAGAAAAUAAAUCUAGAUUAUAUAUGGAGGAGAGCUGAAGAUAAUAGGAAGCAAAUCCAGGAGCUCGAAAAGGAAAUAAUUUCCAAAGAGAUGGCCAUAAAGGCUGGAAGAAAUAGCCCAACUGAUAAAAUGAUAGACCUCAUAGAGCAGGCAAUUGAAAAAAGAUCGGAAAGAAUUCGAUCUACAAUUGCAGAGGCAAAAAUAAAUAUAAAUGCUGGAGACGAAACUGAAAUCGAAUUUUACGAAGACCGUCUCAAGAAUUUAUGGAGCUACAUGGAGAAAAAUAUCGACGAAUUGACGAUGAAGUACAACAAGCCAUGUAAUAUUUUAGAAUUAGAAGAUCUUUCCUUUGAAGUCACCGAUACUUUGCGGGUAUUAAAAAAACAAAAGGAAAUGAACUUGGAAAUCAACUUAAAAAAAAUGGAUAAUGAUUUUGAACAAGCGAUUAUAACAACCACGGGAAGAGAAGACUUUAAGAGGUACUUUAUUCCCCGGGAGAGUCCUCACUUCGGAGGAAGUAGGGUAGAUGGUUGUUUUGUUACAGAUGCAACAAUGGAUCUGGAACCGCCUGAUGAAAGGCAAAAUGUAGAAAUGGCAAUUAAAGACGCUGACGAUAGAAGUAUGACAGUGGAAGAUGCAGUACUAAAUCCAAAGGCCAAGAAGAAGAAACCGAUGGCAUGUCUACCAAUCAAACACAUAGAACAAUUACCGAAAGAGAAAUGCAGUGAAGAGAGAAUACCAAGGUACAAAAAAGAAGAACACAUCAAAGGUAAAUCGUCGUCCACUGGAAAGCUGACAACAUCUUCACGUAAUCUUUGGGUAUCCGGGUUAUCUUCAUUAACGAGAGCCAGUGAUCUGAAAGGUAUAUUUUCUAAAUAUGGAAAAGUUAUCGGAGCCAAGGUGGUCACCAACACCCGAACUCCGGGUACACGUUGUUAUAGCUACGUAACAAUGUCAUCAUCAUCGGAUGCCAGUCGAAGUGUCGCCAAAAGACGAUACACAACUUCUAAGUGGAUACAACAAAAAAAUAUGAAACAAGAAGAUACAUGA